AUGUCGUCGUCCACCACAGCAUCAACGACGGCUUCAUUGCCCACCUCGGCGACGGAUGUAGUCGAAAGAAUAAUUAGCACAAUUGGUAGCCAGACUACCAGGCUACCAAAUGGAGCUCUUACUACAAUAGCGAGACUCACCACGAUUAUCCAGACAUCGAUUCCAACCUCACUACCGGAUCCCACUACCACAGCUAGCACAAAUAACACAGGGCCCAACCUUGGAUUCAAUUUAGAUAAUGAUCCUCAAUCGAAACAAGCGGAGAAGUUCGUCGGCAUCAGUGUGCAAGCUUUGCUUGCCACCAUGUCCGGUGCCUUCGCACUGUUCAUCAUCCAAACCGUUAUAUUCUUGAUAAUCCGACGUCGAUUAGCACGUAUCUACGAACCUCGAACGUACAUGGUCCCCGAACGAAAGAAGACGAUAGCGCCACCCAAGGGCUGGUUCUCAUGGCUCCCGGCUAUGCUUACGACUAGAGAUCCCGAAUACAUCUCAAAAUCGGGAUUGGACGCCUUUUGUUUUCUAAGGUUUCUGAGAAUGAUGUUGAAGAUCUGUAUUAUGCAAGCGGUCCUGAUUAUUCCCAUUAUGCUACCGUUGAACGCUACCGGUGGGAUGGAUAAAGAUCCAGAUGUCCCCGUUCAAGGAUUGGAUAAAUUGAGCUGGGGGAAUAUUUCGAGACAAAAAGCGGAGAGAAGGACUGCGGCGCUUCUGAUGGCUAUUUAUGCUAUUACUGUUGUGCUUUAUGUGACUUACGAUGAGAUGAGGGGGUUCGUGAGGUUGAGGCAGGCAUAUUUGACGUCGCCGCAGCAUCGGUUAAGGGCUAGUGCUACGACAGUUUUGGUCACCAGUAUUCCGAAGAAGUGGAUGACGUACGACGAGAUGAUCAAUCUUUACGAUAUCCUCCCAGGUGGAUUGAAGAAUGUCUGGUUGAAUCGGGAUUAUUCCGAGUUGGUGGAGAAGAUUGAGAUGCAAGAAUGGUUGGCGAAGAAGUUGGAAGAAGCGGAAACGAAUCUGAUCAAGAUGUGUGUGAAGAAGCAUUUCAAAAAGGUUAAGAAAGAGAAAGGGAAGAAAGCCGCAAGGGCGGCAGUUGAAGAUGGGGUGGAGAUGGUUGAGGGGUUGACGAAGGGAACGCCCGAUGGCUGGGGUUUUCAGGGACAUAGGCAUAGUCAUGCGCCUAGCGAUCCAUUCCAAACGCCUAUGAUCCCGCAAACUAUUCCAGAGGACGAGACGCUGGAGGAUGAAGGAAAGACAGGCAGCGAAGGAAUGCAAAAGGAAGAUUCUACGGAGACGAGAGAGACUUUUCAAAAGGAAGAUGAUGGAGACCACGGAUUAGAUCCGAAGGACUUUGAAUAUCAAGAAGACCCGCCGGAGGCACUGUGGAGGAAGUAUAUUCAACCGAAGGACCGAGAGACGAUGAGAGUCCCCGUGGCGAGUUGGAUGCCAUCCCUACCGUUAAUUGGGAGGAAAGUUGAUGUUAUCUAUUAUUGCCGACAGCAGCUCGCACUUCUCAACGAAGAUAUCCCUAAGGAACAGGCUUCUCCCGAAAAGUUCCCGCUCAUGAAUAGCGCCUUUUUGCAAUUCCAGAGCCAGAUCGCUGCCCACAUGGCUUGUCAGGCGACGAAUCACCACGUUCCGCUGAGAAUGGCGCCGAGAUACCUGGAAGUCGCCCCGAAUGAUGUGAUCUGGGAGAAUCUCCAUAUGAGGUGGUGGGAUAGAUAUUUGAGAUACGGUGCCUCUAACGCCGCUGUUGCAGGGUUGAUCUUGGCUUGGUCCGUCCCCAUGGUGUUUGUGGCAUCGCUAUCGCAGAUUUCCCACCUGGCCAAUUUGGUUCCUUGGCUGGCUUUCUUGCAGGACGCUCCGAAGUGGCUGCUGUCUGUUAUCCAGGGUCUUCUUCCACCUCUGUUGCUUUCGGUUUUGACAGCCGUCCUUCUCCCGCUCUUGCUACAGACACUAGGAAAGUACUCAGGUCUGCCAACUCGAACGGCUGCGGAUCGGACUGUUCAGAACUGGUACUUUGCUUUCCUCUUCAUUACUGUCUUCUUCGUUGUCAGUGUUUCUUCCGCCCUCUUCGGAACCAUCAAAGAUUUCAUUCGCGAUCCCGUUUCGAUCCCGACUAAGCUUGCGGCUACUUUACCUCGUGCUUCCAACUUUUUCUUUUCGUAUCUUCUCGUCCAGGCUCUCGGUAUCAGCGGUGGUGCUCUCCUUCAAAUCGCCCCGUUAUUCCUUUACUACGUCAUCGGUCCGCUUUUCAAUCGAACUCCACGUGCGAAGUGGACCCAGGCAAAGGACCUCAAGUUUGUCACCUGGGGCACUUUCUUCCCCCUCUACACCAACUUUGGCGUCAUAUCUAUCACCUACUCCGUUAUCGCACCGCUAUCACUGUUCUUCGCAAGUAUGGUGUUCGGUCUCUUCUGGCUCGUUUAUCGCUACAACUUGCUGUACGUCAUGGACUAUCAGGUUGACAGCGGUGGUUUAUACUUCCCAAAGGCCAUCAACCAUCUCUACAUGGGUCUCUACAUUAUGGAAAUCUGCAUGACUGGUCUUUUCCUUCUAGUCAGGGAUGAACAUGAUGAGAUCUACUGUCUACCACAUGCGAUUAUCAUGCUUGUGAUGUUCUUUUUGACGAUUAUCUUCCAGAGGGUUAUGUACACGAACUUUGCACCGUUGUUGGAGUAUCUACCUAUCACGCUUGAGGAUGAUGCCGAUGCAUCUGACAAGGAGUUUGCGAGGAGAUACGAAGAGCGUAGGCGGUUGUUGCAAGAGGACCCUGAGGGUGCGAACCAAGCUGCUAUCGAGAAGAUCGAUGAGGCACAUGCUCACGGGGAUGAUGACGAACCCAUCAUCCACACAUCAGGGAAAUUUGGGAGUGAGAAGGAGAAGGAGGUACUGGAGGGUGUAGAAAGCAAGUCCAAGCCAUUGAAGGAGGAGACUAUCGAAGAGAGAGCAAACAGGAUUAUGAGGAAGGAGAAAAAGCGGGAGGAAAAACGGGAACGAAGGAUUGCGCAAGGGAAACCUGAAGAGGAUGAGGAUAGUGAGUCGAGUGAUUCAAGCGAUGAUGAUUCGGAUACCGAUGACGAUGCACAUCUAAAGCGUCCUGGCACCUCGCACUCAAAGGCUUCGACCAAGGCGUCAAAGAAGGCGAAACUAGGCGCUAUCACGAACGCUUUGGGUAUCAACAAGAUUGCCGCAAUCGGUGGGAUCCCCGGCAAGGCACUCAAGAAACUUCCAGGUAUUCAGUUAGACCUAGUGCACCGUCUUAACGAGCUUCGAGAGGAAGAUGAUAAAAACACCAACGAAUCCGAAGCCAUGAAAAAGAAGCGACGCCUCGAAAUCGCACGUUUGGUACGGCAAAUCCGUCAAGAUGAUUAUUCGGACUAUACAGAUGUCAACGACCUUCGUAAACAUAUCUUGGAGGCGGCAAUGCCACCCUCAAAGCCACAUUACGACGACGAAGAACAACAACGAAUGGAAUCCAAGACUCGAAGGCUAUUCGCACAUAUCGAUGACGAUCUUGGGGAUUUGACAUACGAACAACGAGAGGCGCUGAUGGAGCAGGCAUAUAAACACCCUUGUCUUGUUGCUAGACAACCUGCGGUGUGGAUUCCUACGGAUAUUCUGGGGAUCAGUACCGAUGAGGUUAAGAAUACACCACCAGAGGUGUGGAUUAGUAACAAGAAUGCUUUCUUGAAGUUUAAGACGAAGGUGGUGUUUGAAGGGAAUCCGCCGGAUUUUGGACAUAGGGAUUUGAUUGAUUUGUAG